AUGGCAAAGAAGAGCGGAAAUCCAGCGGACGCUUAUCGCAAGCAGCUCAAAGCCAAAGAACAGAAAAAAAAUAAAGAAGCGAGACAGAAGGCAAGAGAUACUCAGACUGUAAAGAAGGAUACUCGAGAGCUGGAGACGGAAAUUCGAGCUCUCAAGUCGCAAAACGAUACCGAUAGCAAGAAGAGGGUACAAGAGCUUGAAAAAGAGCUCAAAUACAUAUCCGGAGUCAAGGAAAAAUACGUCGAAGAACAUCCAGACGAACAUGAUAAAGUGUUUCGGGUUCGUCGCCGGCCCGAAGGCGAGGGUCAAGGAGAAAGCUCGGGGGCUGGGAGUGAUAAAUUCGACCAAAUGGGGCGAUUGAGGGAUCCAAAGAGGAGUGUCUAUUAUGACGCGGUGUAUAAUCCUUAUGGAGCGCCUCCACCUGGUAUGCCUUACCGCGAAAGAACGCCGGAAGAAGAGAGUGAGGAGGAGGACAGUGACGAUGAUAUUGUGAUGCCAGAAGGUCCUCGGCCAGAGUCUGGGGAAGACUCUGACGGCGACUCGGACGAUUCAGACUAUAUACCUCUACCAGAAGGCCCACCACCCCCCAAACCUCAGUCUGCCCCCUCACUACCGCUGCCGAAUCUGGGGCCUCCGCGCCCGCCUCACGGCCCCGGCUUCUUCCAUGGGCCAUUGUCCAGCAUACCCCCUCGUCCGCAUCAUGGCAUGCCCCAGAAUGUGCAGCCGUGGGGCGUACCACCACCAGGGUUCAGGCCACCUCCUCCUGGGCAGAUGAGAGGUCAGUUCAGCGGGCCACCGUCAUCUGCCAACCUUCCGCCACGUCCGCCUCCCGGCGGCCAGCCAGGGGCUAUCUCAGCCCCUCCCAAGCCGGCUGCUCCUGUGCCCGCCGUCGAGAGCAGACCAUCAACGGAAGCACCCGCCUCUGCAGAGAUUUCGGCAGCUCCAGUGCUGCGGGAUCUUCGCAAAGAGGCUACUACAUUCGUUCCCCGAAAUAUCAAGAAGCGUAAGCCUGGAACUGCAGCUCCCAACAGGAUCAACGCGGCUCCGGGAGCGGGCGAGAUUGACGAGGACGGCGACGAGCGUAAAAGGGCGAGGGUGGAGGAAGAAGGGGGUGGGCUGAUGGGUAAGCUGGGUAGUGUACUCGGAGCUCAGACUCAGGCCAGUAAGAGUACGAAACAGAAUGUGGACGAUGAUUACCAAAAAUUCCUGGAAGGGCUUGGUGACUUGGGAUGA